AUGGAUGACAAAAGUACUGAUAGAAAGCGAGAAAAAUGCUUUUACAUCGAUGGAUCAGGAGGAACAGGAAAAACAUUUUUAUACAACGCAUUGUACUACAUGUUGAAAUCUGAAAAAAAAAAUGUUGCAUGUGUUGCUUGGACAGGUAUAGCAGCCAUCUUACUACCAUAUGGCACAACCGCGCACAAAACAUUUGGAUUACCAUUGACACUGCAAGAGGAAGGAACAAUUUUCACAAAUGCAACGAUGAAGAAAAAAAUACAAAGUAUAGAUGUAUUUAUAUGGGACGAAUGUUCGAUGAUACCGAAAAUUGCUUUAGAAUUGAUCGACAGAACGUUAAAAGAUAUAAUGGAAGACGCAUUACCGUUUGGUGGGAAGACUAUAAUACUAGGUGGAGACUUCAGACAAGUUUUACCCAUUGUGAAACGAGGAGGUAAACAACAAAUAAUAGAGGAAACAAUUAAAUACUCUACACUUUGGAGUAUAUUUGAAAAAUUGAGCUUGAAAAAAAAUAUGCGAGCAAAGGAGGAUGCAGCAAAGUUUUCAGAGUGGUUACUUAAUAUAGGAAUUGAUACUGCAGAUGCAGCACUUGACGAAGAAGCUAUUCUGCGAUAUCCGAUGGAGUAUUUAAAUGGAUUAACGCCAUCAAGUUUACCACCACACAAUCUACAGCUGAAAGUCGGAGCAAUUGUAAUGUCAUUGCGAAAUUUAUCAAUAUCAGAUGGUUUAUGCAAUGGAACACGGUUAGUUGUAAGAGAAAUUCACUCUAGAAUUUUGAUUGGUGAACUUCUAAUCGGAGAGCGAAAAGGGCAAAUAGUAGAAAUACCAAGAAUGAAAUUAGAUACGCGGGGAGACACAGAUAUGCCAUUUAUCCUCCAUAGGCGACAGUUUCCAGUCAGGGCAACGCUCGGGGCGAUUGUUAGGUACAACGCAGAAGAUCAAGUUGACCGAAACCCGAUUCCAACUAAGCAUUAG